CCCGUUAUUGUUAUUUGUUCAUUAUGGCGAUGCACGCCGGGCAGCUGAUCUCGGAGAAUAAACCGGAUCCUGACGAGAUAUUGCAGCUGCCAGAGGGAGAUGAGCAUUUACAUGGUGGAGAAAGAAGGAUUUAUUACGAACCGGAAUUACGUCAAGACAACACGGGGACGUUUACGAUUUGGCUAGAGGACCAUACUGCUGCUCACGCGCUACGAUCGGAAUUAUUGAGAAAUAGACAAGUGAAAUUCGCAGGGUAUAAGGUUCCUCAUCCGUUGGAGAAUAAACUGUUGAUGAGAGUUCAAGUUACUUCACAGACUACUCCAGUGGAAGCAAUGAAGGAGGCACUAAAGUCGUUGCGGUCAAAGGGAGACCAGUUGGAGAAGGAGUUUGAUCGUUCCUUGAAAGCGUAUCAAGGGAUAGCAGGAGCCGGGGCUGCUACUGUUGGUGCUGGGGGAGCACGUAUGGGCUUCUAA